ACCUUCCGCCUGCGGCUGCUCGGGCCGGGGGAGACGCGGCGCCCCCGCAACGCCUCGGCGGCCCCCCGCUUCUCCGCCCGCUCCAUCCUGCCCGCCGGCCCCCAGCCGCACGCGGGCUUCGUGGCCGAAACCAGGUGUCCCACGGACGGCCCCAAGCCCGUGACUCUAGAAGCUGUCAACUCAUUCACUCCCAAAGCCAUCGAGUCUUCGGUGUCCUGUCAGAUGAAACCCUGUCUUAUCAACCAGGUAAAGGUCAACGGGAAGGAAACUCCUUCGCCGGUGCUGUUGACCUGCAAGACGGAAGCUACCAUUAACGCCACCGUGGAGAUGGACUGCCCAGAUGCCCUCUCCAUUACGCAGUAUUGGCAGAUCUUUUCAGUGCCUUCUGCAUUGCACCUGCCAGACUGGACUAAACCUUUGGAUGUGCCACAACUCCAGACAAACGUAAAUUCAUCAUUCCUCCAUAUUCCCAAGUCGUCUUUAAUUUGGGGGAUGUAUGUGGUUAAUUUCGUCGUGGCCAUUACCACAUCGGAUCCAGAAAUGCCUUUGGUAAAAGACUCAGAUUACAUCUACGUGGAGGUUGUUAGAAGUCGCCUGAAGGCCGUUAUUUCUGGAGAUUACAGAAUAACAAUGAAUUUCACAGAUGGGCUGGUUCUGAAUGGUACCAUGUCCUCUGAUCCAGAUGCAGACAACCCAUUAGAGGGACUCAGUUUUUCCUGGUACUGUACCACCAAUGGAGAGAACUACCAUGGAGAUAAAAUCACAGUGUCAAGUAGCCAAGUUUGUCACCCGGGGCAGACGGACCUGCACUGGACAGGGGCCUCUGGCCCUGUACUAACACUUUUACCAGAAACACUUAAAGGUAACCGUGCGUAUUUUUUCAGAAUGGUAAUACAGAAAAGUGACAGAACAGCAUUUUCUGAUAAAAGGGUGCACGUGCUCCAAGGACCAACACCUAAAGCAAGCAUUUCAUGUAUCGAAAAUUGUGGUAGAAUUUUAAUUGUAUCUGAUCGAUUUUCUUUGUUUUUAAAUUGCACAAAUUGUGCCGUAAGUCGCAUCUUCUAUAAAUGGUCAGUUUUGUCGAGUAUAGCUCGUGAGAUGCCGUUUGAUUGGAUGGGGCAAACUACAACAGGGAGAAAUGGUGCUUAUUUGUCUAUAAAGGCUUUUGCUUUUAGGCAGUUUUUGGAAAAGAGGUAUUGGAUUUCUCUCUAUAUAGCAACUUGGGGUGGAGUGAUCUUGGUCUUUAGGCAUGGCUUUGUUAUUAACCACGCCCCUCAAAUCGGAGAAUGCAAAAUUAAUCCAGCGAAAGGAGUUGCAUUUGUAACUAAAUUUGUCAUCGGGUGCAGUAAUUUUAAGGAUAAGGAUAUCCCUCUUACAUAUAAAAUAAUAGUUUCCAAUUUGUACAGUAUUGGUGAAAUAAGUUCUUUAAAAGAGAACACCUUGGGGGCCAUCCCGUACUUGGGGACUCAGUCUAGAGCACCCCCUUUCUUUCUCCCAGUGGGUGUGUUGACUAAUCAUUACGCCGUGAAGCUCUAUGUUCAGGUUUAUGACUCUCUGGGAGCUUUUUCUCAGGUGACUUUGUAUGCCACUGUGCGGGCUCCUGCUGAUGAGAGCUCGCCGAGCGCUGUGCUGCAUCAGUUACUCAGUGCUACCAUGGGGCCCAACUCAUCGCUAUCUACUUUGCUUCAGAAGCAGGAUUUUUUAUCUGCGGGUUACCUACUAUAUACAGUAGCUUCCAUUUUGAAUAGCAUGAAAACUGACUUAACGCUCCUCGAUGUCAAAACCAAUAUCCGAAAACACCUCGUCCAUCAGUCCUUCCUUCUUCCUAUAACCACUUUGGUGGAAAUUAGCCAGGUAGUCACAAUUAUUACUGAAUUAGCCCAGAAAGCCUCUGAAUUCACCCAAGGUGAUCAAAAACUUGCCACUGUGAGGAUAUGGCAAGCAAAUCAAGCACUACAAGCUUAUCGACAGAAAGAUACACACUUCCGUUCUGAACAAAUAGAAAUUGUGAGUACUGGAGUAUUUACCGUUUUGUCUAAUAUCCUUAAACAGAUUGCUCCUCACGAAGUUGUUCAAGAUCCUUUCUAUGUAGUAGAAUCUCUAGCAGACACAAUAUUGGCUAGUAUAGUGCCAGGGAGUGAAACCACUGUGCUGAGGACCUCAAACUUGAACAUCUACGUAAAGAAAAUUGAGAAGUGGGAUGUUACCAAGGCCUUUACCAGAGAGCAACGCUGCCAAAAUUGUUUUUAUCCGACACUAAAUGUGAGUAGUGUUCCUGAUGUGCCUCCAAAUGCUCCAAUUUCUGUGACGUUUUGUGAGUUUGCAGACGACCCCUUUCCUUGGUUAAAUUAUGGGGGGAACAUUGCAACAGAGGUGGUUGGGUUUAGAAUGACAGGAGCCAAAGGUAACGGUGAGGUGACUGAGAUCGCACCUGAUGGAGUGGAAGUAUACCUCAUCAGAAAAAACUUGACCUAUACUGCUUUUAAACUCACAGUAGGACCCAACAGUGAGCCUGAUGAGGUUGAUGAGUCCUUGAAAAAGACCACAGGGGGAUUUCGCUUUGAAGUGGACAGCAGAGCAGUCAAGGAGUUGUUGGUCCACAUUGUGACCAGCGUGACUGUGCUGUUCAAGGUGUUGGUGUAUGCGGGCAGUCGGAUCACCCCCACUGCUCUGGUGGCCACCUUCCUUGUGCCCCAUGACACGCCUCCUACUGCCAGCCCGAGUGGCCUCUUUGACCCGGCCUGUUCAGUGAAGGAGGCCCGUGUGGUUUGCCUUCCCCAGUCCCUGCUGCGGGUGAUAGCUCAGCGCGGACACUCAUCCAAGUAUGCCUUAUCUGUGGUUCUGCAGGCCGCUCGUUUUGUCUUGACGCCCAGUGACGAGCUAGUGAGAAUUUCUCUUUUCAGUGUUCACUGCUUGCACAUGUACGGGAUCCAGAGCGACUGGAGAGAAGACAAUUGCAUUCUAGGGGAGGAGACUAGCUGGCGCAAAGUCCACUGUAUCUGCAAGAACAAAGGGAGGGCCAGGCGGCAGCUGAGCUCCAUCUUAAACCCGACCAGCAUUCAGCUGCAUACCCACUAUGUGACGGCCAAGGUGAUCGUGGUCCCUAAUGCUAUAGACCUGCAGCUAGAGGUCCUCAAGAACGUUCACCAAAACCCGGUGACCCUCUUCACUGUGCUUUUCAUUAUGCUCAUGUACGUAGUCCUGGCUUUCUGGGCCUUGCACAGGGAUGAAACAGACCAGUUUCUUAGGCAUCGUGUGAUAGCUCUACCUGAUAAUGACCCUUAUGAUAAAAUAUGCUACCUGGUCACUAUUUUUACAGGAAGCCGUUGGGGGUCUGGAACCAGAGCCGAUGUCUUUGUCCAGCUUAUGGGAACAGAGAGUACCAGUGAUGUGCAUUGUUUGAGCCAUCCAUAUUAUACAGCUCUCUACCGAGGAAGCAGCAAUACUUUCCUUCUAACGACAAAAAGUGACUUGGGGGACAUCCGCUCCAUUCGUGUGUGGCACAACAAUAAGGGCAAAAAGCCCAGUUGGUAUUUAAGUCGAAUCAAAGUGGAAAAUCUGUUCACCAGAUGCAUUUGGCUGUUCAUGUGCCGGAAAUGGCUUUCUGUUGACACCUCUUUGGACAGAAAAUUUCAUGUUACCCAUUCAGAUGAGCCUUUAAACAGAAAGGACUUUUUCCUUAUAAAUACGACUUAUGAACUAGGGAAAAGUCACAUGUGGUUCUCUGUUUUUGCUGGUGUCAUUGCAAAACCAGUUAAUAGGCUACAAAAAUUGUCGUGUUGUUUAGCAGUGCUGUUGAGCUUUCUUCUUUGUAAUACUAUGUUCCUUAAUGCCAGUAGACAAGAAACUGCAUCAAGAAGGUUAUCCUACAUCAGAUUAAUGAUGACAGGAAUUGAAAGUGCUUUAAUUACAGUCCCUGUGCAAUUAUUGUUAAUUUUUUUGUUCACCUAUUCCCAGAGGAAACCUACUGAAAUGAAUCUAGAGGAGGCAUCUCCUCCAAAGCAUCAUCCUCUGAUGUCAGAAGAAAGUGGAUUCUGGGACGAGCGUUUGGCAAAGUUGUAUGCUUGUGAAACCACUAAGGCACAGACCAGGGAGGCCGAAAAGCUCACAUCUAGGGGCAAUCCGGAAUUUUCUAAGGCUUCUAGACAGACUGCUAUCAAAACCCAGAGCCAGCUUGAGGAAGCAGAGAUUAAGGCCCCACAGACCCACAGCAGAAGUACAAAUUACAACAAUAACGACAAUGACGACAUAGAAGACAAUCAAGAUGUUCUUUCUGAAGAGCCCCCUUCCCAACAAAAACCUGCGGCCGAGCUUCUUCUGCCUUGGGGGUGCGUUUAUGUAGCAUGGGUCUUGGUUUUGGCCAUUUGUAGCCUGUCGUCCUUCUUCAUUGUAUUUUAUGGACUGACUUACGGCUAUGACCUGUCGAUGCGAUGGCUCUUCACAUCUUUUUGUUCAUUCUUUCAGUCAGUUUUUCUGGUGCAGACAUCUAAAAUUAUACUCUUGUCAGGUUUUAGAACAAAUCAGCCGAAGUACUGUAAAAACCUUCCGUGGACAAUCGAAUAUCGUUACACGGAGAUCAGGGUUCACGGGCUGAGGAAGGAUCCGGCUAAAAGGCACAAGCAGCAUCUCCGUAUCAACCACAUCCGAGGUACCAGGAUGUACCAGCCCCUCACGGAGGAUGAAAUUAGAAUAUUCAAAAGGAAGAAGAGGAUAAAGAGAAGAGCAUUGCUCUUCCUUAGUUACAUUCUAACGCACUUUAUCUUUCUAGCCCUUCUGCUUGGCCUCAAUGCACUCCUGCACCACACCGACAGCUUUUACUAUAACGAGUUUAUUCAGGAUUGUUUCUCUGUGGACCUUGCCACGGUCACUAAGCUGGAACACAUCUAUAGGUGGCUGAACAAGGUGGUGGUGCCUUUGUUCCACAACGACCUGAGGCCAACGUUUCUUUUUGAGAGCUCAUCGAAAAUCCUUGGCCUUCCACUGAUGCGGCAAGUACGAGCAAAACCGAGCAAAAAAAAGUGUCUGCCUGACAAAAACCUCGUCCUAAGUAGCAUUAAGAGGGAAAUUAAUUGUCAUUCCAAGUACGGCAUCAACCCAGAAGACACAAAUAACUAUUCCAGCUUUUGGAAUGAUGUUGAUAAUCAGGCUAUCAGCAAGAGUCCCAAUGGGUUUACCUAUAAGCCACCGGAAAAGAAAUGGGCAUAUUAUUCCUAUGGGCUGUUACAUACCUAUGGAUCAGGAGGAUAUGUAUUCUAUUUUUUUCCAGAACAGCAGCAGUUUAAUUCCACACUGAGGCUCAGGGAACUUCAAGGAAGUAAUUGGCUUGAUGAGAAGACAUGGGCUGUGAUUUUGGAACUUACGACUUUUAAUCCAGAUGCGAAUCUGUUCUGUAGCAUUUCCGUCAUAUUUGAGGUUUCUCAGUUAGGAGUUGUAAACUCAAGUGCGUCUGUGCACUCUUUUUCACUUUCUGACUUCAACAGGAACACAUCAGCAGAAAUCUACUUGUACCUGGCCAUUCUCAUUUUUUUUUUAGCCUAUACUGUUGAUGAAGGCUAUAUCAUUAUGCAAGAAAGAGCAUCCUAUGUGAGAAGUGUGUAUAAUUUACUCAACUUUGCUUUAAAAUGCAUAUUUACUGUUCUGAUUGUGCUCUUUUUCAGGAAACACCUCUUGACCACUGACAUCAUUCAGUUUUACUUGUCAAACCCUAAGGAUUUCAUUCCAUUUCAUGCCGUUUCUCAAGUAGAUCACCUCAUGAGGACAACUUUGGGUUUCCUGUUCUUUCUGACAAUUUUGAAAACCCUUCGGUAUUCCAGAGUCUUCUAUGAUGUGCGACUGGCUCAGAGGGCCAUCCAAAUUGCUCUUCCUGGCAUCUGCCACAUGGCCUUUGUGGUGUCCGUUUAUUUCUUUGUAUACAUGGCUUUUGGCUACCUGGUAUUUGGCCAGCACGAAUGGAACUACAGUAACUUGAUUCAUGCCACACAGACAGUAUUCUCUUAUUGCGUCUCAGCUUUUCAGAACACUGAAUUUUCCAGUAAUAGAGUUCUUGGGGUCCUAUUCCUCUCAUCUUUUAUGCUGAUCAUGAUCUGCAUCUUGAUCAACUUGUUCCAGGCAGUGAUUCUGUCUGCCUAUGAGGAGAUGAAGCAGCCCGUGUAUGAGGAGCCAUCAGAUGAAGCAGAAGCAAUGACAUAUUUGUUUCGUCAGCUAAGGAUGGUGUUUCGCUUUUUGACCUUCCAAUCCAGGGCCAAAGAUGAACCUGAGUUUGUCACUGACAUGCUGUAUGGACAGCCAGAGAAGAACAACUGCCGGUAUCUGGGGCUGAAGACCAGAAACAUUAAUGGGAAGAAAAUGGUUUACCUCGUUGUUUGAUCAGUGACAAUUUCAAGAGCCACAAGGAAGAUUUCCCCCCAAUGCUCAGUUUGUGGGAUGAAGGCAUGUUUAAUGGCCAGGUUGUGCUUUCUACCCAUGUCCUUCACAAUGCACACCUCCUACAUUUCACAGUAUCCCCACUCUUGGCCUCUGUUCUCGGGAAUGUGGAAGUGUGUUGGAAUGUCAUGUAGUGUCUAGGGGAAAGGAGGAUCAGAGCAUUCGAUUUUGGGAUUGAAUUCCCUUUAUCAGGGAAUUGCAUAACUCCUGGUACAGAGGCAACCCUUAUUUCUUUGGAGCCUGCAGCAGUUUAGAGGGAUUACAGCCACUAGUUUUGAGAGCCAGAUUUGG